AUGUCGUCAAGAUACAGAGUGGAAUAUCACUUAAAAAGUCAUAGGAAGGAUGAAUUCAUUGAAUGGAUUAAAGGGUUACUCGCAACUCCUUUUGUGUUACAUGCAGUAUCUCCAGUUGAAGAAGGAGAUGAUUUAACUACCACCCAAAGGGUGAAAUCUAAAUAUGCAGACAUUUUAAAAGAUAUUGAACAAUUGAUAAUUAAUAAAAUUGAAUUCGACGAACAUAACAUUUCAAUUUCUGGAGCUUAUCUGAAUGGAAGUUCUCCAGAUGCAAAGUCGAGAUUGAAUAUGUUGGUUCCCUCCAUUGGAACAUUUUUCACUGAGUUGCCCUUAGAGAGAGCAUUUCUUUGGGAAGACUCACAAAGAGCCAUUUCUUCUAGAAGAAUGAUUGCUCCAAGUUUCAAUGAUAUUAGACAUAUACUAAAUACUGCUCAGAUCUUACAUUUUGUUAAACAAAAGAGAAUGGGUUACAAAGGUGGAAGACCUCUAAAAUUAGUUACAUUUGAUGGGGAUGUGACGUUAUAUGAAGACGGUGGUUCCUUAAAUGAUUCAAAUCCAGUGGUUCCCCAUAUAAUGCAGUUAUUAGCCAACAAUAUUAAAGUUGGUAUUGUUACAGCUGCAGGUUAUGAUGAGGCCGCAUCCUAUGAAUCUAGAUUAGAAGGUUUGAUGUCACAAUUACAUGCCUCGACUACUCUGACUUCUGAGCAAAAGAGUAAUUUAACAGUAAUGGGUGGUGAAUGUAAUUAUUUGUUCCGUUAUUGUGACGAUAUUAAAAGAGAUGAUGAUGGGAAGACGUAUGGUCUUGAAUAUUUCCAUAGAGAAACAUGGGCUCUCGAAGAAAUAAAAAAUUGGACAAAACAAGAGAUGGAUACUUUGUUGGAUUACGCUGAAAAGACUUUAAAUACUUUAAAGAUCCGACUAAAUCUACCUUCAGAGAUCCCGAUUAUAAGAAAGAAAAGAGCAGUUGGUAUUAUUCCUGGUAAGAGAUUCGAUGUUUCUUUACAGAGAAAUGUACCUUUGAAAUUAUCAAGAGAGCAACUGGAAGAAAUAGUGUUAACUUUACAAAAUUCGAUUUCUAAUUCACCAACAAGUUCAAAUAUUAAAUUUAGUUGUUUUGAUGGUGGUAGUGACGUUUGGUGCGACAUUGGUGAUAAGAAUUUAGGUAUUCGUUGUCUACAACACUUUUAUGAUCCCGAGAAUCCAAUUCAACCUUAUGAAACAUUACAUAUCGGUGAUCAAUUUGCCCCUAUGGGUUCGGCUAAUGAUUUUAAGGCAAGACUCGCAGGAUGUACAUUGUGGAUUGCAUCACCUGCUGAAACUGUCGAUAUCUUAAAUAGAUUAUUAGAAUAA